AUGCGAAUAAGUGUCCUAGCGCUUAAUGAUAUCCUAAUAGCUUAUGCAUACUUUCAUGCUGCUGUUUGUUGCGAACAUUUAGGAAAGCUUGAAGAUGCUAUAACCUUUCAUCAAAGAUCGAUCAACAUUACAUCAAAAGCACUUGGAGAGAGGCAUCCUUCUAUUGCCGAAAAAUAUGAAGAUAUUGGAUGUAUUCUAGCUCGAUUAAAUAGAAAAGGCAAAGCUACUGCUAUGUAUUCAUAUGCUGCAAAGCUUCGUAGUGAUCCUUAUCCUGAAAUCAUAGUUGAUCGAAAGCGUAAAAUUGAUGACGAUUAG